ACCACCCCGGUUUAUUAUUUCUUUUUUUAAGGAAAGAAAAAAAGGACGAAAAGGAGAAGUCGAACUCUCAAAGGGUUACUAUGCAAUUGCGACUGAUUUCUUGGUUUUUUAUCACUUUGAACUUUAUGGAAUACAUUGGCAGCCAGCACGCCUCCAGGGUACGGCGACAGGGAAGAAUGCAUCCUAAUGUGAGCCAGGGUUGCCAAGGAGGGUGUGCUACAUGCUCUGACUACAACGGAUGCCUGUCAUGUAAGCCCAGGCUCUUCUUUGUUCUGGAGAGGAUUGGCAUGAAACAGAUUGGAGUGUGUCUUUCCUCGUGUCCAAGCGGAUACUAUGGGACACGGUAUCCCGACAUUAAUAAGUGUGCAAAAUGUAAAGCUGACUGUGAUACCUGCUUCACCAGAAACUUCUGCACAAAGUGUAAAAGUGGGUUUUACUUAUACAGUGGAAAGUGCCUUGAAAAGUGCCCUGAUGGGCUGGAAGCCAACAACCACACGAUGGAGUGCACCAGCAUCGUGCACUGUGAAACUAGUGAGUGGAGUCCGUGGAGCCCUUGCAUGAAGAAAGGAAAAACUUGUGGUUUCAAAAGAGGAAAUGAAGUGAGGGUCAAAGAGAUCAUACAGCAUCCAUCAGCAAGGGGAAAUCCUUGCCCAGCUACAACCGAGAGCAGAAAAUGUAUUGUACAAAGAAAGAGAUGUCAGAAGGAAGGAAAAGGGAAAAAAAAUAGGGAGGAAAAAAGGAAAAAAUCCAACAAAGAUGAAAGCAAGGAGACAAGACAGGAAAGCAAAGGGCGAGCAGCCCGAAGACAAAACCGAGAACAGAGGGAAAGCAACAACAAAACACAGCCGAAGAAAAGGAAAGCCCCAAACAAAGAACAGGACCUGGCACCAGCUGACACUGCACAUUAAUGGCCCUCCAUGAUUGUUUAAGUCUUAUGAUGCUGCUAUCUCUACCAGAUCGCCCUGACAGGUGUUCCAACCAUUCAGGCCACAAAUGGACAAUGCUACCAGUUAUUAUUAAACUUUAAACAACAUUCCAAAUACUUCCUAUAUUCUCCAAGCAACCAUAGUUUAUUAAAGAGAUUGACA